CAGUUCCGUGGGGGCGGUAAUGGGGGCCUUCUCUGGCCUCGGAAGGGUGAAACUUACUCAACCUCCUUCUCUUCCUCCUCCUCGCCCCAUGACUGCCCUCCUGCUCCUGGCAGGAUUCCUGCCAGCUACCGCCGCCGCCGCCGCCGCCAUCUCCUGUUAUGGAGACGCUGGACAGCCGGUGGACUGGUUCGUGACCUACAAACUACCUGCCCUGACCAAUUCCUUGAAAGGACUCAGCUACAUGUACCUAGAUGGGAACAGUGGCGGCUGGCAAAAGGGUGCCACAUUGAUCAACAGCACCCAACGAUCUGUGGGGAAGACCUUGAAUCAACUCUACAAAGGAAACUUGAGUGAGUUGGCAUAUGUACUGUACAAUGACCAGCCACCCUCAGGUAAUGGCAGCCCUGACACUGACUACCGAGGACACACCAAGGGUGUGCUUCUUCUUAACAAAGAUGGCGGCAUCUGGUUGGUCCACAGUGUCCCUCGAUUCCCACCACCUGCUAAAUCAUCCUAUAGCUGGCCCCCUAAUGCCCAGACCUAUGGACAGACCCUACUCUGCGUCACCUUUAGCUAUAACCAGUUCCAGGAGAUUGGCAAACAGCUGACCUAUACCUACCCCAGAGUAUAUGACUACAGUCUAGAAGGAACCUUUGCCCAGGACCUGCCAGAGCUGAAAGAUGCUGCCCAAGGCCACCAUGUGAACCCAGGUCCCUGGAAUCGAAGUGUAACCCUCACCUCGAGAGCCGGGGCUAUCUUCCAAAGCUUUGCCAAGUUUGACUACUUCCAUGAUGACCUUUACUCAGGCUGGCUGACCACAGCCCUGGACAGUGACCUCUUUGUCCAGUUCUGGCCGAAAACACCUUCAGUACUGCCUUCUAACUGUUCCGGCCCUUUCCAUGUGCUGAAUAUACUAGAGACAGCCUUCCCUGACUCAACUGUACCUGCCUUCAGUGCCACCCAUGACCAUGCCAAGUGGUGUGUAGCACUCAACAGCAGCUGGACCUGCAUAGGGGACCUGAACCGCAACCAGGCAGAGGAGAAACGUGGUGGAGGCACUCUCUGCUCCCAAAUGCCUACUCUGUGGAAAGCCUUCCGGCCCCUGGUGAAGGAAUAUGGGCCUUGCCCACCCACCAAGGCCUGAGAUCAAGGGUCACGGAGGGGAGAGAGAAUGCUGGCCCAAUUCCUCACAGAAAACUCACAGGAGAGAAUAAAGUCAUUGGGAAUCGA